AUGCGCGCGGUGCUUGCAGGCCAGCACGAGUUCCGGGUGGCCGGAGCCUCCCUGACGAGCGCUGCCCCCUGGUCCACGGUGCCUAGUCCCAUCCACCACCCAAGGUCUAAGGAGUGCGGGCUCAGGGUGCGGGACUGGCAGGCAGCUCCACCUGCCGCCCCGGUGCAUGCAGGAUCCACUGGGUGUGGCCUUUUUCCAAAGGAGCAUAAUCUUCCGACACAGUCGAGUCCUAGGAAGGGGAACAUGGGGGAGAAUGGAAGGAAGCAAUUGCACACUGGGCAUAUAGACUCAACCAAUCAUAACCAGAAGAUAGACAAACCUAUAGCAGUGGUUCUCAUGGUUUGGUCCCUAGGUAGGCAUCACGGCAUUACCUGUGUACAGUAUGGAAAUCUAGAGACAGGUAGUAGAUUAGUGGUUCCUGGGGCUGAGAAUGGGGUGGAGAGUGUCCUCACCAUUCACUUGUUUGUCUCUCAAAUCCCGAAAGAAAACCUGUUGUGGAUUAUUGGCUUUGGUAUUUUGUCAAUCUCUAUUUUUUGCCCAUGUGAUUGGACCCACUCAGGUGUUGCCUUCUGCAAUGCUGUUGAGAGGCUCCACAGCAGUUUGUCUUACACCACCUCAAACAGACCUCCAAAUGUGAUGGCUAGGCAAACUUGCCGGCAGCACCUGGAAGGAGGCUUGUGCCUCCAGUGUCCUCCUGCAGUCUGGGUGUCUGGGCACGUGGCCUGUGCGUGGCGCCAUUGUGGAGUGUCCCGCGCCCACGCCCUGCGUGCCUUCCAAGCGCGCAGAGGCCAACGGUCAUCCAGCCGUGGGCGCUGCAGCUCUGGCCGAGUCCGCAGACCUCGGGAGCUUCUGGAAGGCAGGCCAACCCCUGCUGUAAGGCCCGACACCCUGGCGGCUCCCAUGGGCAGGUCACCCAGCACGCCCCAGACCACGCAGUCUCCCCAGGGUCGCCAGAGUCCCUGGCCCCCGAGGUCCCUGACUCAGAGCCAUAUUCAGUACGUCCAGUGGGGGCGCCCGGUGCCCAGCACCCACCUCACCGAGGUGCGGCCCAGCCAGGACCCCCUCAGGCCACGGCGGGUGGUCUCCGAGGCCUGGAGGCGCCCUGCCCUGCCGGGGGAGACCGCUCUGGGGCAAGACCUCUCCUGUGCCUGGGAGGGUUGCAUGAAAGGGGGGCUGUGUCGUGCCCGGAACCCAGGAUGGACCUGGAGCCCGGUGACCAUUGGGAUCGCGCCCCCAGAGCGCCAGGAGAGCCCCUGGGGAUCCCCAGGACAGCAAGCCUGCCCCGCAGUCUGCCCCGCCACCCAGGAGCUCCCGGACCUCUGCACCCCGGAGACUCUGCUGGGGGCGCUCAGCCAGUGCAGCAAGGGAAGCGCCAGGUUCGACGGGCCGUUGUGGUUGGAGGUCUCAGACAGCAAGGGCGGCAGGCGGAACCUGCAGCCCCGGCCGUCUGCCUUCAGGCCCCUGAUAAAAAAUGGAGCGGUUGCUUCCUUCGUGCCCAGGCCAGGGCCUCUGAAGCCGAGCCUUGGCCCCUGGAGCCUCAGUUUUUGUGAUGAUGCUUGGCCUUUCGGGCUGGUCCAGCCCGCCCCGUCUGCCAUCUGGGACUUCUGGGAGGCGACAACACCUUCCUGCGGCAGCUGCAGUAGGGUCUCCUUCGCCUUCGAGGUCACCCAGUCUGCUGGCCCCUUUGGCUCCUGAGAAUCUGGGUCCUGCUACCCAUCUCCGGAGACUCAAGCCCACGUAUCUACUUUCACUUGCUCAUCCUUGCUCUACCUCAACGUGGGGCCCUGACACCACGUUAUCAAACAUGCAGUCCCCACACCCCUCGUCUGCACGCCCCAGAUCUUCCCUCUGUGCUCCCUGCCACCCCAGCAGCUAUUGAUUUCAGAACUCCUGCCUUCGCCCUGCUGGGCCUCUCCUCCCUGCCCUUCUUCCUGCCCUUCCUCUGAAAAGAGGCAUUUGGGGAAGGCUUGCUUUUUCUCCAUGUCUCCCAGUUUGUAUAGUUAAAUUGUCCAGGUUGUAUAGUUAAAUAGUUGAUCUUAUUAAAAGC